GCCGAGGAGUUCUUUCUACUCGUUUACUCGUUUUCUAACUGUUUAGAAAGAAUACACUCUUAAAUUAAUCUAAUUCCUGUAAGAUAGAAAUCAGAUUGUACAAUCAGAAAUGUAAAUAAAAACGUAUACAAUGUUAUAUAAAUACAUCUAUCUAUAAACUACUAUUUUUAUGCGUAGGAAACGCAGUAACGGAUGGCGCCAAAUGGAGCAGACCAUUUAGAAGAGGGAAACACGUGUUCGAAAUAGUUUUCCCGCGUCAGAUGCGUGGAAAACACGCAUCGGUGGGCAUAGGUCUUAAAAAGGCAGCUGUUGUCAGUGAAUCAAACCAAACGCUUGUAGGAUCUGAUGAACAUUCUUGGGGUGUGGAUCUAGUGACUAAGGAGGUGUGCCAUAAUAAGAGAAGAUUGGGGAGAUUCCCGGGUGUGUUGACGAGUUUUCCGGACAGGUUUUACAUGUAUAUUGAUAUGGACAUAGGUAGCUUACUGUUUGGUCAGGAAGACAGGUUCUUUGGUGCCGCACUGACAGACGAACAGUUAAUUGGGAGUGUUGUUUACCCUAUGGUGUCCGCUACUCAGACUGGGGCCGCCAUCACCGUAGUUUACAGAGGAAAAGGUAAACCGAUUGAAGGACCGUUAAGGAAAAAGCGGAAGUAGACGCUAACAGAGCUUAUCUAACUCAGGGAGGGCGAGUCUCAAAUUAUUUUACGCAGAUAAAUAUUUUUAUCAAAUUACCCGGUAUUUUUUUCUUUGAGAAUUUUUCUAACAUUCUUUGUGUCGAAAGAGUAUUUCAUUGUCUCUAGAUCUGGUAGUAACCCGGCUCGGAAUAAAAAAAAUAUAUUUAUUCAGAAACAAAAAAAAAACAUGUGCACACAAAAAGUGAAGAUGAAUUGUCGCAGACAAACACAAAUGCAUACAUACAAACACACAGACAAAGUGAUCUGGUUGAGUUGGAAAUUACCCAUUUGAAACUUCAAACU